UUCAAGGAUCGUAUGACUAAGAACCAAAAAUACUACACUACUCUCUCUCCACUGACUUAAGUCUUAACCACCCUUAUUUACUUGUUAUUCUUACACAUUUGUUUAUUUCUACCGAGUCAAUUUGUUUACUUUUUCUGACCACGGUCUCGUCGUUUCUCUUCUUCUAAUUCCUUCCAAGUAACCUCGUAACCGGUAGUGGGAUAGCUCCUUCAUUAGCGCUCGAAUCCGCUAUGAUUAGUGCCAUGAGUGCCCGGAAUACUCACAGCUGACAACAUUAAAGACCCCUAGCGGUACACUAACAUCAAGGAGUGAGAACAAAGAAAUUAGUUGGUUUGCAUUAACUUUUAGGAGAGAUAUUGAAUACUGGAUAUUGUACAGGUGUUUUCGGCAUGCGCCAAGACCAAAUGAGACGUUGACGUUAUUUUUUAAUUAUGAUGAUUAUACUGUAAAACAUGGUUAGUAGGAGGCGUCUAACUGUAUCUGGCGAUCACAAGCCCGAAGAACAGUCAUGUUGGUCCAAACCCACUGUUUAUCAUGCUGCCAUCGUGAUAUUUCUAGAGUUUUUUGCCUUCGGAUUGUUAACUACCCCAAUGAUCUCGGUUUUAGAUGAGACAUUUCCCAAGUAUACGUUUCUAAUGAAUGGCAUCAUACAUGGAGUAAAGGGAAUUUUAUCCUUCCUUAGCGCACCAUUUCUAGGUGCUCUGUCAGAUAUGUUUGGAAGAAAACCUUUCCUACUUCUAACAGUAACCUUCACUUGUUCUCCAAUACCACUGAUGAAGAUCAGUCACUGGUGGUAUUUUACAAUGAUCAGUAUAUCGGGUAUUUUUGCAGUGACAUUUUCAUUUGCUUUGGCAUAUGUCGCUGAUAUCACAUCAGAAGAAGAUCGAAGCUGGGGAUAUGGACUAGUUUCAGCUACAUUUGCUGCUAGUCUUGUCAGUUCACCUGCAAUUGGAGCUUAUCUAGGUCGUGUAUAUAGUGAAGAAUUAGUUGUUGCACUGGCUACUGCUAUUGCAUUUUUAGACAUUUGUUUUAUACUUGCUUGUGUACCUGAAUCUCUAUCGGAAAAAGUACGUAUUGGUCAUUUGUGCUCUGUAACUACAUUGGGUGGACCAGUUGGUAAAUUCUCAUGGGGUAAAGCUGAUCCUUUUGCAACAUUACGUCAAAUGACAAAUGAUCAUCUUGUUCUUAUGAUAUGUAUUACAACAUUUUUAUCCUAUUUACCAGAAGCUGGACAAUAUUCAUGUUUCUUUGUUUAUCUUCGUCUGGUUAUGGGAUUCACUGAAGAGAAUGUGGCACUUUUCAUUGCUGUUGUUGGUAUCAUGUCAUGUAUUGCACAAACACUUAUUUUAUCUUUAUUAAAUCGUAUAAUGCGACCAAAACGUGUUAUUAUAGUUGGUUUAAUAUUUGAAGCAAUUCAAUUAACAUUAUAUGGUUUUGUUACAAAUUCUGGUUUAUUAUGGUCAGCUGGUUUAAUUGCUGCUACCGGGUCUAUCACAUAUCCUGCUUUAAGUACAUUUAUAUCAACUCAUGCUGCAGCUGAUCAACAAGGUGUUGCACAAGGUCUUAUCACUGGAAUACGAGGUUUAUGCAACGGACUUGGACCUGCUCUGUUUGGGUUAUUCUUUUAUAUAUUUCGAGUUGAUCUUAAUGAACAUACAUCAGGUGUACAUGUAGCCAAUUCCCUAACACCAGAUAGUGUACAACUUUUACAAGAACGCUUAAUGCCAGGACCGCCAUUUGCUUUCGGUGCUAUUCUAGUUCUGUUAGCAAUUCUGGUAGCUAUAUUUAUACCGGAAAAUCAUACAUCACCUGAAUUAACUCAUUCAAAAAUUAUCACUGAUACAUAUGAAUCAACACAUGGUGCCAGUAUUUAUGGUGGUGAAACUCGAUUAAGACGUAGUUCACCAUCAGGUCAAUCUCAUAGAACUACAACUGAUUUUGAUCAAUUUACAUGUGGAUUGGGCGUACCUAACAAUAAUGAUAGUGACAAGUCGAAAUUAAUAAUGAGUAAUAGUAGUACUGUUGAAAUGUCUAAGUAUAAUUUAAAAAGUGGUAUUUCACACAAUCAUCCAAUGGAUAACAAUGGUAUUUGGAAUCGUUUAAUGACUGGUCUUACAGAUUUUCGUAAUCCAAUUUAUAUAAAACAACGACCAAAUCGUGUAUAUCGUCAAUCAAAAAGUCGUUUUAGUACAGCAGGUAUUGUAGAACCAUUUCGUCGAUUAUUUAUUCGAAAAAUAUAUGAUGGAAAUAUUGGUAGUUGUGGUGUUGGUGGUAGCGGUGGUGGUGGUUUUCUUGAUCAUGAAGCACGUCUUCAUUAUUCCAGAUUGCCUUUUACUGUUAUCUCAUCAUCGAAUAAUAAUAAUCAGAAAUAUUUAGAUGAUAUAUCAAAGAAUGAUUUAUUAUUUUCUAAUCCUUUAUUAUUAAAUCCUGGUGAAUGUGAGGAAGCAGCUGAUUUAAGUAAUUAUCGUGCACAUCAUUUCCGACGUAUGUUUAUUACUCCUAAUACGACUACUUCUACUACUCCUCCUCCUCUUCUUCCUUUGAAUAAUGAUAAUAGUAUUAUUACUACCAAUUCGUCACAAAACUAUACUCCAACUAGUUCAUUAUUAAUCACUUCUAAUAAAAUUGGUCAAUUGAAUUCAUUGGGUACAGAUGAAGAAGAUACAUUUAUGAAACAUUGUAAUUCAUCAAUAUCACCUAUUAUUAGUCCUACAAGUAGAAAAAUAAUGAAACAAAAAUUUUUUACAACAAAUUCUUAUAAAGAAUCAACUCAUAAUACAUGAUGAUAAUGCCCCCUUUCUAUUAUGAUCUAAGACUAAUCUGCCUAUAGACAGUAUUUAUUUUCAUUGAACUUAAUGUAAAAUUAUAAAGUGAGUGCCUACAAUUCAUUAUUUUUUAUUCAAUAGAAAUAAAUUGAAAUACCCUCUGUAUCUAUGCGUCUUUCUCUCUCUAUUUUUUCUUCAUGGCUAUCUUCAUCAUACUCACUAUAUGCCAAUAUAUAUUCAAUGCAAUUGUGUAUGAAUACAUACUGUAUAAUUAGAAAAACCAAUGCCAACACAUACAAACAUGUAACAUACACAACACACACACACACAUAUAUACGCAUAUACACUUAUGCACAACACAAUACAAUACAAUGGAUAAACCAGUUCAAUGUCAAUUUUAAUGAUACACAUUUAUUUGUUUUUGAGUAUAUAUUGUGUGCUUUGUGUUUUCUCUGUUGUUGUUUUUUUUUUUUUAUUUUAUAGAAUUCAAAAUAUAAUUUGUACAGUGUAGUGUUCAAGUUUUACAUUCAUCAUGUGUUUAUACGUAUGUGUGUGUAUGUGUGUGUGUGUGUGCAUUGUGCUGUGUAUACACACUACUCUAUACAUGUAUAUAUUUAUAUAUAUAUAUUCGUUAAUGAGAACAGUAGUAAGCACAAAAUAAUAUUUUGUUUUCAAUAGUUUUAUAAGUAGUAUAUAUAUAUAUAUCUAUUCAUGUAAUGUAUAUUUGCUUACAUAAGAUAGAAAGGAAAUUAUAUCAUGCAGGUUUUAAUUUACUUUUCUUAUUUUUAAAGCCAAAUUUUACACCUUUUUGUUCUCUUUCUCUUAUAAUGAUUCAUUUGUGUGUGUGUGUGUGUUUGAAUUUAUCCACCACCCAUCCACCCCCUGCUAAUUCGUAUAAAAAGUCAACCAAUAAAUUCCAUCAUUGUAAACUGAUUAUAGAAAAGAUGUAAAUCUAUUUUUUUUUUCAUUCUUUUUUCUUUUCUCUUUAAUAAAAAGAAAGAAUCAUUGAUAAAUGAUUGUUGUCAUGAUUCUCAUCUUUUUUUUAUGUUGAUAUGUUUAUAUUUCAUUUGUAUGAUUGUGUGUGUGUGUGUGUACUUGUUUGUUUAUUUAUUUAUUUCUGCAAUACUUUCUUUUUCUUCGAUCAAAUUUGUAUGAUGUUUUUUUUAAACAGGAUUUCUCUUCUACUUAUUAUUAUUAUUGUUAAUUAUUCGUUAUAUAUAUAAAAUAAAUAAGAAUGUGAUGAUGUGC